AUGAUUUAAAAUGAAUUUAAUUUCGAGGAAGUCUGUGAUGAUUCUUAAUUGUGCUAAAACAAUUAGUGUUAAUUAAAUCACUCAAGAGUUUUUGUUGGAGUUUGUAUAACUUUUUUAAGGAUUCAAUAAAAAUUUAUUAAUGAUGGAGGAGAUUUAGAUGAUUUUGAACUAAAGAAAUGCAAGAAAAAGGAUUGCAUAUUAUGGCACUUUUCUAAUGAUAAAUUUAAAGAUUAAGCUUAAAAAUAAACUAUCAAUGGUGUAUUUCCACAUAAUUUAUGUCCAAAGGGUUGUAAUUUACAAAAUUGUCGGUUUUUGCAUAGAGAAUGGGCGUAGAAUGUGUGUUUUGAUUACAUUCUUAAAAACUGUAACAAGAAACCAAAAUGUGAUUUUGAACAUGUAGCUUGGACCUCUUUGAAAGAUAAAGCCAAGGAUAAAUCAUUUAUAAAAACUACUACUCCUGAAUAAGUAUGUGAAAAAGUAGAUUGCAAUUGCGAUCAACAUCCUGCAUUUUUGGAGAAUUAUUGUAUACCCUUUUUGAAGGGGUGGUGCCCUAAACAAAAAUGUUUGAAAAAUCAUAUUGAUUGGGAAAAGAUCAAUAAUAAAAUAGGAUAAAAAAAUGCUUUAAAGUCUUGUAUUGUUCUUGCAGAUGAAAGAAAAAAAAAGAUUAAAUCAACCCCAAAUGGAGAUGAUAUAGAAUUAUUACUCUAAAGUUCAGAGUUAGCUAAUUAUAAAAAAUGGUUUUUAUAAUAAAAUAUAAUUGAUGUUGUUUUUAUUAUGGAUUUAACAGGUUCAAUGUAGCCUUGGAAAGAACUUAUGUAAAAAACAAUUGCUAAAAUAAUUGAUUAAUUUUUAAAGUCUAUUAAUGGAUAUCAAGUUAGAGUUGCCUUUGUAGGAUACAGAGAUGUUUGUGAUUAGGAUAAAUUAGUUUUUUGGAGUUUUACAAAAAAAGUGGAGGAUAUUCAAAAUUUCAUAACUAAACUAGAAACAAAAGGAGGUGGAGAUGAAGCUGAAGAUGUAGUUUCUGGAUUUGAAUAAGCAUUGAAACUCAACUUUUCUCAUCAUCCAGAUAGUUUAUUAUGUACUUUUUUACUUGCUGAUGCUCCUUGUCAUGGAAGAGAUUAUCAUAAUAUAUAAUCAGAUGAUUUAAUUGAUAAAAUGCCAAAAAAUUAUUUUGAAAAAGUCUUAGAGAAAUAUCAAAAAAUAAAAAAGAAUAAUUUCCUAUGUUGUGUAAAAAUUAACAAUAGAACAGAUAUUAUGUUUUAAAAAAUGAAAGCUGUAUUUCCUCUUAUAACUAUAACUACAGAAAAAAAGCCAGAAGAUUUAUGUGAAUUAGUUGGGUUUACAUUACGUCAAUCUGUAACCGAAUCAAGAAGAUUAAAGGAGCAAGCCAAUAAUAAAUUCUUAUAUGUUAAAGCUACAUUUAUCAAAAUGAAAGUAGAUAAUUCAAUAGAUAAUAUUUAACCAGAUAAAGAAUAUUGGGAAGAUUAUAGGAAAAUGGUUGAUUCUUUGAUAAGAGAAGGUGAGACUGGUCUAAAAGUGACUUUAGAUAUAAAUGAAUUAAAUAAAGUAAAUUAAGAUUAAACUGAAUAAAAUAAAGACUAGAAUAAUUCAUCAACUUAUAUUUUUAAGGCUUUUGAUGCUAUUAAUAAUAGAGAAAUUAUUUUAAAACUUCCAAAAGAAUUAGUCGACAAUAAUGGAAAAAAUACUGAUCAAUAGAUUAAAAAUGCUGAAUAACAAGCAAAAGUAAGAUUUUACUCUUCUGCAUAUGCAUGUUAAAUGGCAUACUUUUUUAAUUAAAAAUUAAAAGAAUACAAUCUAUUAAAUGAAAUGCAACCCAUUUUUUAUGCACAUCCUAUUUUAUAUAAUCUAGAAAAGCCAUUUUAUGGUAUGAAAUAAAUAUACGGUGAAACCUUUCUAAAUAUCUAAUAUAAAUUUGAAAAGCACACCAAUAAUGAUAAUUAUUGUAAACCUGAUUCAUAUUAUUUUACAGCAUUUAGUCAUUUUUCAUAUUAUUAUAGUCAAAAACUUUUAGUGAUUACUGAUUUAUAAGGAUGUAAUAAUAUUUUAUCUGACCCCUCCAUCUAAACUAGUUAAUAAUGGUAAUCAAUUUUAGAUGAAGAUUUAACUAAUUAGAAAGAAAUAGGAAUUCUUAAAUUUUCACAAAAUCAGCACAAAAAUUGUAGUUAUUUAUGUGAAAAACUAAAAUUAAGUUAACUUUCUUAAAAUUUAGAUUAAAAUAAAUGCUCAGAUGUACAACUUUAGCAUAUAUGCGGAAUUUGUUAUGAAUGUGAUGAAUUUGUUAGUGAAGAUUUUGAUAAGACUCCCUAUGAUAAAGAUGCAAAAAUUUAACCAAAGAAAUUUACAUUUAAAUGUAAUUUUUGUUUAAAUGAGGCAGAAAAUCCAGUUAAAUAUGAAUGCAGAUGUUGUGAUAAGAUCUACAUUUUUUAAAAUAUUAAUCAAUAACUAAAAAAUUUAACCAAUUUAAAUAAUUGUAAUGAAUGCAAAGCUUAAUGUAAUGAUAAAAAUAGAUAUGAAUGCUAUUAUUGUAAAGGAAAAUGUUAAAAACUAAUGAAAACACUUAAAAUUAAUGAUUAAACUAUUUAUGUUUGUGAAAACGCUUAUUAGUAUCUUUAAGCAUUUUCAUGCAAAAAAUGCAAUAAACCAUAUAAUAUGAAAAGCGUUAUUUCAGUUGAAAAUUAUACACAAAGAUCUUUUGUUUGUUGUUGAG